AUGUAUUUCUUCCUUUCUCAUCUGGCUAUCAUUGACAUAUGCUAUGCUUCCAGCAGUUCACCCAAUAUGCUGGAAAACCUAGCGAAGCACAAAAAAACUAUCUCCUUUGUCUCGUGCGCUAUGCAGAUACUUUUGUUUGUGUCUUGUGCUGGUGAAGAGUGCCCGAUUUUGGUAGUGAUGGCCUAUGACAGGUUCGCGGCAAUCUGCCAUCCGCCCCAGUACACUGUCAUCAUGAACUGGACAGUGUGCAUGCUCCUGGUCAUCGCUAUCUGGGCAUGUGGAUUUUCCCUAGCCCUAGUACAUGUAAUUCUCUCUCUAAGGUUGACUUUCUCUGGGCCCCAGGAGGUGAACCACUUCUUCUGGGAAAUCCUAUCUGUCCUCAAAGUGGCCUGUGGUGAUACUUGGAUCAAUGAAGUUUUUGUCUUUGCUGGUGCUGUGUUUAUCUUAGUUGGGCCCCUCUCCCCGGUGUUGAUCUGCUACGUGCACAUCCUCUGGGCCAUCCUGAAGAUCCAGACAAAGGAGGGGCGCAGAAAAGCCUUUUCCACCUGUUCCUCCCACUUCUGUGUGGUUGGAUUCUAUUUUGGCAUAGCCAUGAUGGUUGACUUGGUCCCAGACAAUAGUCAACGUGAGGAGCAGCAGAAAAUCCUUACCCUGUUUCACCACUCUUCAACCCAUUGCUGAACCCUCUCAU